AGUUCCCAAUACCUCCGCUAUGCUGGCAGCACGGGCCUAUUGGCGGCAUCGUGUCCUUAACGGUCUAUACCUACCACGUUGCCUAUCACCAAGCAAGCAAGGGCCCCGGCCCGGCCUGGUAUUAACAGACUUAUUUUUUGCAAAGUUCCUGUAACAAUGAGGCGACCUGAUUAUGUUCUCCGCGGAUAGAUGGAUCACAGAUUUGAGAGAUGGUAGGGAUGGUAGGGGUGGACGGGGUGGACGGGUCACGGAUUCGCAGGCCCAUCCCAUGGAGCACAAACCAACCGAUGAACCAACUCAUGAACGCGAUGUCCCUUGUACAUCAGUGGUACAGACGGCAUGGCAAGUACUACCUAUACUCACGAUCUGCACGCGCAAACAUUCAACCUCGCGUAGGCUAUCUAUUUCUGUGCUUGAACCAGUGCUCGAACCAAGAACCAGACCUCGCCGUCGGUACGCGGUGGCCCAGUCACUGUCCAGUCACUGUCCAGUCACUGCCCAGUCAACUUCCCCUCCUCAUCUCUCCCACCUUGUGGCUCUCCAUCGUCCUGGUCCUGGUGGCUCUGGCGGGGGUGAGAGGAACAAUGCUCGUCAUCAUACCGGGCGAUGCUGAAAGAGGGAAGGCGACGCGCGCGUGGAUGAUGUACAUCAAGUACAGCGCCGCUGUACUACUUACAUCCAUUACUGACAUGCCUUUGGUAUGGGUACCAAGGUCGCUAGGUAGGCUCGUUCAUCCUCCAUUUACCUCCAUCUUCACGCAUCGUGCCGCCAUACCUGCGUCGUAGGCUCGGCUGACCAUCCCACGCUGAGAUCCCUGGGCGACAGGCUUCUCUGUGGUCAGUUGUGACCAACCCAGUGCAACCCAUUACUACAGCUCAUUAGAGCAUGGAAAUGCCCAACUAUGUAUGUACAAAGCGUGGG